CUCCUCCUAAUAUAUCUCCCCACCCUUGCCUUACAGGUCCAGCACCAAGGGGACCCAUUCGGGCUGCCCAGCUUCUCUCCCCCAGAGUUACCAGUGUCUGGGCUCAACUCCCCAGCCCCAACUCAUUCAGGGCUCCCCACCCUUGAGCGGCUGCAGCUUGAUGCAGCUGCCCUGAACUCACUGUCCCUACUGCUGGACACCAUCUGCCGCCUCCAGGCUGACCUCAACCCUUUUGCUAGCCGGCUCCUCCGUCGGCUAGAAGAUGCCUCUCACCAGUCAAGGGCACUUGGGAAUGCUGUAGAGGUUGUUCUGGAAGCACUAGGUGCAGCCCCAGGGCCCCCAGAGCCCCACCCCAUUCUCCCUGAAUCUCCUGGGGUCUUCCUGAUUAAGUUGUUAGGCUACAGAGUAUGUGGCUUGUACCAGGAGUGGGUAAGCUGUACAGAAGGUGACCUGAGUCAGCUGAUGAGGGAAGGGCUAGGCUGAGAAAGAAACCCACUUCACCCUACAUCCUUCCCCACGAAGGGCCACCACCCACCCCAUCCUCAUCUCCGGUCAUCAUCCCUUUUGUUUUCUCCAUCUCAGAGGCUCUCUCUAGUUCAUUCUCUCUUCCUCUGCUACUCAGCUUUGGAUUGGGCCCUAGGAUCAGUCAAUAUUACAGGAGAGAAUUCCAAGACAUUGCCCCAGAGGAGCCUGCAGCCCACAUUUCCUCCUAGGUCAUUACCCCCAAUGGGACCCCCUGCCCCAUCCCCAUGGAUCUCUCUUGUUCCCCAUAACACUAGCCCCCCCCCCCUACCAUUUUACCCCUGCAAACUUUUUCCCUUCCUCAUUCCUCUAAUUCCCUUAUUCUAGCACACGAAGCUUUGAGGUCUGUGAAAAAGGUCCCCCUGAAAGGAGAUUUUUAUUUCUGAAAAUAAAUUAAGUUUUUGGUAAAUUAAAAAAACAAACAAACAUA